GCCAUCUCUACAAACAGCUGCCUUCUCUUUCGAUUAUCAGUGCUGAAAAUUUAUUAGUAAAAUUAUUAAAGAAAAAAUUGGCCUAAAAGUGCUGUUUUAAGAAAAGAGGUUAGCCAAAAUGCGUCUAGCUCUUGGCCUCCUGGCCACGAUCUGCGCCCUGGUUGUCCUGACCGAUGGCGUUGAUCCUGGCAACUUCAAGACCUGCGAGCAGAGCAGCUUCUGUCGACGCUCCCGGAAGGUACAGAGUGCGGGCAGCAAGUACGCCUUGAUUCCGGGCACUUUAAACACCUACGCUGACUCACUGACCGCCGAUUUGGUGAACAAGGAGAAUCACCACCAGUUCGCCUUCAAGCUGGAGGCUUUGGUGGGCAGCACUUUUCGCCUGCAGAUCGAUGAGAAGCAGCCGCUACGUCCCCGAUAUCGCGUGGAGCACGCCUUGAAGGGCCAACCCCAGGCCGGACGCAUUCGUGUCGAGCAGGAAACUGACGGUGAAAUUGUGAUAACAUCCGAAAAGAAUAAGGCUGUGAUCCAUGGCGAUCCCUUCCGCAUUGAUUUCUAUGAGAACGAUGUGCUAGUGGUUUCCGUGAACGCCAAAAACUGGCUGUACUUUGAACAUUUGCGCCAGAAGGCCCAGGAGCCGACACCGGAUCCAUCGGAGAAUGAGAAUCAGCAGGAGCAGGAUGCCGCUGUGGAGACACCCAAGGUGGCGGAUGCCAUCGAUGAUCCCGGUGCAUGGGAGGAGAACUUUAAGUCGCAUCAUGACUCCAAACCAUACGGACCCGAGGCGGUGGCUCUGGAUUUCUCAUUCCCCGCCGCUGAGAUUCUCUUUGGCAUUCCGGAGCACGCCGAUAGCUUUGUUCUGAAGUCUACUUCGGGCACGGAUCCCUAUCGCUUGUAUAACCUGGACGUUUUCGAGUAUAUUGUGGAUAGCAAGAUGGCUCUGUAUGGCGCAGUUCCGGUGAUCUAUGGCCAUGGACAGCAGCACACUGCCGGUGUUUACUGGCAAAAUGCCGCCGAAACCUGGGUGGACAUCCAGACAGCCGAGACGAAUGUGGUCUCCUCGCUGGUGAACUUUGUGUCCGGCUCCCGGAAAACACCUCCGCCGGCCGCCCAUUUCAUGUCCGAAUCGGGCAUUGUGGAUGCUUUCAUUAUGCUGGGCCCGAAGCCCAUGGACACGUUCAGGCAGUAUGCAGCUCUCACGGGUACCCACGAGCUGCCGCAGCUAUUCUCGCUGGCCUACCACCAGAGCAGAUGGAACUACAAUGAUGAGAGGGACGUGACCUCCGUUUCGGCAAAGUUUGACGAGUUCAACAUACCGAUGGACACCAUGUGGCUGGAUAUUGAGUACACCGAUGGCAAGCGCUACUUUACCUGGGACAAAUUCAAGUUCCCCAAUUCCCUGGCGAUGAUUAAGAACCUGACGGAGCUGGGGCGCCACUUAGUGGUGAUCAUUGAUCCUCACAUCAAGCGGGAUAAUGGUUACUUCUUCCAUCAGGAUUGCACGGAACGCGGAUAUUACAUUAAGACGCGCGAGGGCAACGAUUAUGAGGGCUGGUGCUGGCCGGGAUCGGCCAGUUAUCCGGACUUUUUCAAUCCCGUGGUCAGGGACUAUUAUGCCAGCCAGUAUGCCCUAAACAAGUUCCAAACAGUCACCGCAGACGUGAUGCUGUGGAACGACAUGAACGAACCAUCGGUGUUCAAUGGCCCGGAGAUAACGGCGCCCAAGGAUCUGGUACACUAUGGCAAUUGGGAGCAUCGCGAUGUCCACAAUCUGUACGGUCACAUGCAUCUGAUGGGCUCGUUUGCCGGUCUUCAGCAGCGCGAUCCCAACCAGCGACCCUUCAUCCUCACUCGUUCUCAUUUUGCUGGCUCUCAGCGUUACGCGGCCAUUUGGACGGGUGACAAUCUGGCAGACUGGAAUCAUUUGCAGUAUUCGAUCAAGAUGUGUUUAACGGAGGCGGUCGCCGGUUUCUCCUUCUGCGGCGCCGAUGUCGGCGGCUUCUUUGGCAAUCCGGAUAGCGAACUCCUGGAGCGUUGGUAUCAAACGGGCAUUUUCCUGCCCUUCUUCCGUGCCCACGCCCACAUCGAUACGAAGCGAAGGGAGCCAUGGCUAUUCCCCGAACGCACUCGCGAAAUCAUCCGGAAUGCGGUGAUCAAGCGGUACUCGUAUCUGCCGCUGUGGUACACUGCCUUCUACGAGCUGGAGCUAACCGGUGAGCCCGUGAUUCGGCCCCUGUUGGCCCACUAUCCGCAGGACAAGGAGGCAUUUGGCGUGGAUAACCAAUUGCUGGUGCAGGAUCGCCUGCUCGUGCGGCCGGUCAUGCAGCAGGGCGUCAGCAAGGUUGAUGUCUACUUCCCGGCCAUUGAUGAGAAGAAGAACGGCGAUUGGUGGUAUGAUGUGGACACUUAUCAGCGGCAGGAGCGAUCCGGUUACGUCUCGGUGCCGGUGGAUGAGAACAAGAUCCCUGUGUAUCAGCGCGGCGGCAGCAUUGUGCCCAAGAAGGAGCGCCAGCGUCGCGCCUCCACCUUGAUGCUGCACGACCCGUACACCCUGAUCAUCUGCCUGGACCGGGAGGGCAAGGCAUCUGGCUCCCUUUACCUGGAUGACGAGAAGUCGUAUGAGUACCGUCAGGGCAAGCGCAUCCAUACGAUCUUUAAUUUCGGCAACGGACAGCUGACCAAUCGCUUUGAGGGCAAUCCCAAAUAUAAGUCUGAUGCCUGGAUUGAGCGCAUCGUCAUUGCUGGCUUGGACAAGGUGCCGAGCAGUGCUAGCAUUACGGUGAAUGGCGUCACCCAGCAGCUGGAGGUACUGCCCCAGGAGCGGUCUGUCGUUGUGCGCAAGCCGGGCGUCAAGAUGGACGUCGACUUUGCCCUCAAGCUCAACUAUCAGUAGUCUGUAGCAGUAGUUUCCGUCGCCACGUAUUAAUGUUUGUGUGCUUUUCUCUUUUUUUGUUUAAUAACCAAAAUGUAUAAGCACGGCUUUGAAAGGAACGAACUCAUUCAGUGUCCACUUUUAUGUAAAUUCAAAUUAAAGAUUAGCUGCCUCCCAACAAUACAUAGUUGAGCUCCUGUCAGUGUCCCAACAUUCUAAGAAACUAAUUUGAUUAGUGUUUCAAUAAAUAUAAACGAUUUUUUAAGAUAAA